CAAAGAAACCACGAUGUAAAUGAGGGCGAAGGGUCAUUAAAUGAUAAUUUAACUCAUUAAGGACCGCGUGUCUUUUGUUGUUAAUUGCAAGAUUCAUUAAAAAAACCAUUGUUUUUAAUUAUAACACUAACAAAUCAAUAAUAUAACAUACUCUGCAUCAAAAGAAUCAUUGCAAAGCAUUGUGUGAUAAAGUCAACAGAUUUUCCAAUCAUAAUGAAGUUUACUGUGUCAUUAUUGCUAGUCAUUUGUUUGGCAAAAUGUUUCGCACAGGAGGGCCAACUUCAAGAAGAAGGAAUGGAAGAUGCACCUGCUACAUACCUUGGUGGAAUGAUGAGUUCCUUUUUCCAACGCUUCGAAAAAAUGAGUGAUAGCAAACGCAGAACAGAAUUCAAUAAAGUGCUUCCAGCCAUUGAUGCAAACAACGAUGCAGAAAUCACCUUUGACGAAGUUAAAGCUUGGGUUUUAAAGAAUGUUGAAGAUGAAGCUAAAAGCCUUGAUUUCUCCAGGUUGGAGAUUUUGAACAUGGAUACAGAUAACGAUGGAAAAUUAUCGUGGAAAGAAAUGGAAGAUGACCAUCGUAAACAACUGGCUCAAACCAGUGGAAAGGAUGGUUAUUUUCAAAUGGGAAAAGAAUUGAAACGCGAAAAAGUUCGAUUUGAUCACAUUGAUAAAAACAAAGAUGGUUUUAUUACUCCAGAUGAGUUUCCAAGACUUGUUUUGCCAGACAACUUUGCAGAUAUGAGUGAAGUCGCUGUUGAUCAUUACGUACUUGAUUUCGACGAAGACAAUGAUGGAGAAGUCUCAAAAGCUGAAUUCAUCAAGCAUGCAAGACGUGAUCCAAACAUUGACGAUCCUGAAGAGCAUUUUAAAACGCAUGAUAAAAACAAAGAUGGUAUCCUCAGCAAGGAUGAACUUCGUGAUCAUGCUCUUGAAAGCACCUCAUCAUCGCAUCUCAGUUAUGAGUUGAUGGCGAUAUUUAAACUUUUGGACAAAAAUGCGGAUGGCGUUUUGUCUUAUAACGAGUUAUCAAAAGGCUACAAAUAUUUUACUGAUCUGAAGGAAUCGCUUCCAAAUGAUGCUAUCGAGAACGCUCAUAAAGACGAACUAUAAACAAUUAUAAAUGUUUAAGAUUCACAGCCAAUAUAAAAAAAGAAACUUAACAACACUUUUGGAAAUGGAAACGAAUGAGUUUUCUCUAAUAUCUCUUUUUUAUCCUUCUAGGUUUUGUAUGUUAAAACGAAGAUUUUGUAGUUAGUACUAAUAAAUAAAUAUUAAUCUUCUAUUGAAA